AUGCCGGCGCUCGAUAUCGCCUCGGCCCCGGCCGCAGUCUAUCAACAGCAACUCCAUCUCCCACGCAUCCUCUGCCUCCACGGUGGCGGCACCAACGCCCGAAUUUUUACCGCGCAAUGCCGCGCUCUGCGAAGACAGCUGACAGACAGCUAUCGUCUCGUUUUUGCCGACGCGCCAUUUCUCUCGUCCGCCGGGCCGGAUGUGACGUCUGUCUAUGGCGAAUGGGGCCCGUUUAGGAGCUGGGUUCCUGUUCCUGCGGGCGUGGAUAUCAGUGCAUGGGCCGCUGCCGGUGCCGCUAGUAGGAUCGAUAUCGACGUGGAGGCGAUCGAUGAGUGCAUCGCAGCUGCCAUAGCGCAGGAUGACCGGGCCGGCGCGACAGGGGAUUGGGUCGGCCUGCUGGGGUUCAGUCAGGGGGCGAGGGUCGCUGCCAGUCUGUUGUACCGGCAGCAGAAACAGCAGCGCAUGGGUCUGACCAGUUGGAGUAGGGGUAGGGAUCGCAAGCGAGGUGCGACCUCUAGCACCAAUUAUCGCUUCGCUGUCUUAUUUGCCGGCCGCGGACCGCUCCUGGACCUAGGCUUUGGGUCUGGCUCUUUAGCCGGCUCGAGUGCUGCUUCUUCGUCUGCGUCUGCGUCUGUAUCUGGAUCUGAAUCUGCGGGUGAAGAGGAAGAGGACGGGCACCUCUUAAGCAUCCCAACCAUACACGUCCACGGGCUGCGAGAUCCAGGCCUCGAGAUGCACCGGGAUCUAGUCCGGUCUUGCCGGCCCUCGUCUGUGAGGAUUGUCGAGUGGGAAGGCGCCCACCGGAUGCCAAUAACGACGAAAGAUGUGGGAGCGGUAGUAGCGGAGCUUCGACACUUGGCGAUAAGCCGGAAAUAUGAAAGCUUGAGAUGUUGA